CUGGUCCAACCUGUUUUAACUCUGCAACCUUAAAAAGAACAGAUAACUUUUUAUUCAUAACAUCAGCGGGAGACGCGUGCGAGCUGUUUCCCGGGAGGAGGGGGAGCGGGGCCCAGGGACGCACCGGGGCCCGGGGAAGUGCCCGGCCCGGGAGGAAGAGGAAGCGCGGGAUGAGUUAGUGGGGCUCACGCGGCAGCUUUCCCGCCCGUCGGUGUAGUCGUGGCCGAGUGGUUAAGGCGAUGGACUAGAAAUCCAUUGGGGUCUCCCCGCGCAGGUUCGAAUCCUGCCGACUACGAGCCGCGUUCCUCUUUUCCUCCCCGUGCCGGACGUUUUCUUCCCCCCGCUCGUUUUGCACCGGAGCCGCCGGCGCCUGACAUCCGGCAGGGCGGCCGGUCCAGCCCCGGGAAGGGAGGCGGGACCUCCUCCCGCGGCCAUGGAGCAGCGCGGCCCGGCGCCCGCCGUGCUGGUCACCACCAGGCAAAUUCAGAAUGUGCACACGGGGCUGGAUUUGUCUGUGCCGGAGUACCAGGAAAUCCGUGGGAAGAUGAUGUCUGGCCAUGUGGAGUAUCACAUUGUCGUUGUUACCCGACUGGCUGCCUUCAAAUCAGCAAAGCACAAGCCUGAAGAUGUGGUUCAGUUUAUGGUUUCCAAGAAGUACAGCGAGAUUGAGGAGCUCUACCAGAGACUGACAGCACGGUAUCCACAGGUUUCUCUUCCACUCCUGCCUAGAAAAGUUCUCUUUGUGGGGGAAUCUGACAUCUCUGAACGAAGAGCUAUGUUCAAUGAUAUCAUGAAAUUCAUCUCCAAAGAUGAGGAUCUAGCAACGAGUCCUGAGUUACUGGAAUUUUUAGGAACAAAAUCUUCCAGUGCUGUUGACUUCAAGGGUAAAAACUUGCCUGAUGACAGGGAGAAAGAAGAUGAAGAAAAUGAGGCCUUGGAUUUUUUCAAAGAGGAGAAGACACCUGACUUAAUCUCGCAGCUUUUAUCAGUGGAAGAUGUCAAAAAAUGGGAGAAAAAAGAAGGGGGAGAUGAGGAAGAAGAGGAAAUUUUAGACCCUCUUGGUAUAAUCAGAACUAAAAAAGCAAAGAAGACACCUGCUCCUUCAGCCAAGGAAGAAAAGCCCAAAUUAACCAUUUUUGAAGAGGAGGUGGAUCCAAAUGAAGGACUCUUCGGCCCAGAAAAAGAUUUCUCAUCAAUCAGUCCCAGAGGAAAGAUUAAAGAGAAUCUGAAGUUAUUUGAAGACCCAGACCUCGGUGGGGUGGUGAGACUGGGUGACUCACUCCUGCUGCCAGCUGCCUGUGAGCACAGCAAGUAUGUGCUGAGCAGGGAUCCUGAGGAGGACAUUGAGGAGCUGCUGAGAGUUGAAGAUGAUUUUGAGAAACUCUUAGAGGUUACCUCCAAACCAAAACCUAAGGUCCCACCAAAACCACCUCUGCCUCAGAAGCCAGCAGUUGCCCCCAGGAGCACUAAUUCACCUUCACUGGCAAAGCAAAAGGAAAACAGGAUUCAGACGAUGAAUGAAGUGGACAUUCUCCAAUAUAUCCAGGAAAAUGAAUCUGUCAACAACCAGGAUACCAGUCUUUUUUGAACAGAAGUAUUUUUAAAAUGUGAUGAUGGCUUCUUGGCCCCACCUCCCAGUGAGCUCCAGUGACAGCAGCAAGAACUGACCAGCUGUUUCAGCUGUCACAGUGCUCAUUUGUGCACCAGGAUGCAGAGAGCAGCAAGUUUGAGUAGCAGAACCUCCCUGUGAGGUUUUCAAAACAGUGCAGCUGUGGUCUAAUGUUGCCUUAGAUUUUCAGGGUUUCACAGGGAAUGUGAACAAUGAUGUAGCACUACAGAUUUUCUACUGCUAUUUUAGUAUCAACAUUAUGCGGUUUUGGCCAGUUGAUUGAAAAUGGUGAGGAUGUUGUACACAUGGCAACUGUGAGUAAUGUCCAACAAAUGGUCUGAGGCAUGAUAGGAUGCUGUUCCUGUCAUUUUUGGAUAGUGUUUUUCACCUCAGUGAAAAACAUCAUUUUCCUUUCAUCCAGUGUGUUUUUGUAGCAGCCUUUUCCUCCCUGACUGGUAUUUCAGUAAUUUUUAACAGGAAUUGCUAAAUAUAGUUAACAGUUCCUGUGUCUUUCCCUGGAUCCCUAAAAUCCCAGCUAACCCUGACAAUCUGCUGCCUUAUUGCUGCACAAAUGCCAACUUGUACGAGGACUUUAGGGCUGCAAAGACCAUGCUAUGCAUCUCUGAUUCCCAGGAAGAAAAGCAGAUGGCUGGGGUGACUAAGAACACUCUCCAGACAUAGAUGGAGGUUGCAGUGCCUGGGAGGUUUGGGUGCUGUAGGCCUCCUGUGAACUCCAGAUUCACAAGGGCUAAUUUUUUCCUGCCAAGUCUUCCUGGGUUUUCAGUGUAGCUAGUGGAG